GCUGAAAGUACAUCAUCAUGUAUUAUUGCUGCUUUAGUAUAAAAGAAGGUAACAUAGUCGGGAGAUUACAGUUCAAGUUUUUAGUAUCAGGAAACUUUGUGAAGUCUUGCAGUUAAGAAGAAUGGCAAAAUCUAUUGAGAAAAUCAAUAUUGAGUCUGUCAUUAUCGAUCCUGAAGCAGGAAUAAAAGAUGGUAAAAAUCCUGUCAUUUUCAUGCAUGGAAUGCUGUGCUCAAAGGAAACCUGGGUUGAAAUCCCUCAAGCUGUAGCCGAUAGCACUGGAAGAAGAGUUUAUGUUUACGAUGCCAGAAAUCAUGGUGAUAGUGGUCACACUGACCAGUCUGGUUUCGACUUGAAUGUCCAAGAUCUCUUAGAAUUUAUGGGAGGUGUAACAGUCAACGAUGCCACAACAGUAGCAGCCGAUCAAGUUAUUUUAGUCGGAUAUGAUAUGGGAGGACUGACUGCAAUCAGUGCUGCUCUAGCAAUACCUAAAAAAUUUGAGAAAGUGAUAGUAAUUGAAAUGUACACUAAGAGAGUGCCGGACUUUCUCCUUGAUCGUUCAAAAAUAUUCAUGACCAAGUGGACUGAAUGUGUUCGCAAACUUCCUAAAGGCACUCCAAUGGAGCUUGUUACAAAAAUAAGCGUGGAAAAACUAUAUGAAGAGUUAGAGGAUGAUAUGAAAGAAAAUAAUGAGAAGUCUUCUUACCAAAAUGCGAAUUUCUUAUACCACGAAACAGCUGAAGGUUAUGAUGUACUUUAUAACACAGAUAAUCUUUGCCAAGCCCUCGACGAACUGAAGGGACAGAAAGAUUUUAAGGGAAAGUAUGAAAAACCAGCUUAUUUCUUCUAUGGGGAAAAAUCUCACUUUAAUAUAGGUAACGAGAAAGAUUCCAUCAAGGAAUUAUUUCCACUAGCUAAAUUCGUUGAGUUUGAAGGAGGUUCACACUUCUUCAUUGCUGAUGUUCCUGAUAAAGUAGCCAGUGAAAUUAGCAAGAGCAUUAAUGAGAUGUCUUAGAGAUCAUGUGAUCUGAUUUGUGCUCAAGUUCUUGAAUGUUAACUUUUUAUUUUAUGCUGUAUUUUUAUGCUUUAAUAUUUUAAAUAAAUUCUCAUGCAGUUUGAAA